AUGGACUCAAGAAAAAGAAAAUCGCAUUCACCUCAAUACCGAGACGACGACGAUGAAGAGGACAUUUGGGAGAGAGAAGCUUCCACAGCUGCUUCAUCCAACAGACGUAUCAAGCCAACUCCACCGAAUCCUUAUGUUACAGAAAUUGAUACUCUCAACAGUCAAUACGGGAUAUUACAAAAGACGGAGACUGAUCUACAACAAGAGCUUGCAGACUUAGAGGCAAGUUUGCAAGCACUUGAACAAGAGGAAACGCAUGAACAAGCCCAAUUGAAGAGAGCUGAAGACGAGUACCUCGCUGCUGCACAAGAAGCAAUUGCACUAUACAACUCACAAUUAAAAGAUACCCAAGAUAGAGACCUAGACGAGACCAUCACCAUUGCCAGCGACACACCCUACUUGAAAUCAGACGCACAACUCAUCAAGGAAAUCAAGCGUAGACUGCAAGAAUGGGAAUCCUUGCUGGUCGACAAACAUAUAGACGAUACAAAUGCCAUCAUUGAUGCCACAGUGCGCCAACACCGUAGAAGUGAGUUUGACAUUAUGGAUCUCAAUGCACAAAUUAGCGGACUUGAAGCAAAAAUGCAAAUUCUUGAGCGUGAUCGAGCCAGACUCAACUCGCUGCCACAAAUUUUGCCUAUCCUACGAUCAGAAACAGAGAAAUAUGCAGCAGACAUGGAGGAGACGACCAAGAAAUUGGAGCAACUGGAGAAGGAUGUUCUAAGACCCUAUUUGGCGAGAGUGGCGAUGGAGAGUGUAUUAUAUCCGCUUUAUGCAAGUUUCCUGACAAACGAAAUCACAUUUGCUCAAAGCUAUCUCAAGGAUUUGGAGUCUUUGUAUGAUAAGAGUAUCAAACAGCGCUCAUAUCAGCAAUUGACUACGUUACUCUAUGAAAAAGAUGCCACUUUCGAAGGGCUUCAGUUACGCUCACUUGAAUCUCUGUUAGUUGUGGAUCCAUCACCAUCACAUCAGCCAUUGAUUGAAUCAGUUUCAAAAGACAUAGAUUCGGAUGAUACGCUCCUGGUUAGGCUCAUCAAAGGGCUUGUAAAGAAAGCAUUAAAGCAAUCGAAAAUGAAUACGGCAGAGUUGUCACUGGCUGAACAGAUCAAAGUAUUACAAGAUCAUGCACAAAUGCAAAAUCAAAAAUGGCACGAGGACUUUCAAUCGUGUCAAGAGGCAGCUACUGAAUUGAUCUCACUGCACAAGAGAUUGUCAGACUCACUAUACCGCCAUUCCAAAUCAACAGAUGAUCUAAUUAUGGCACCCAAACCGUAUACCACACUGCAGGAGGAACUCGAGUUUCGCACAAUGGAGAUCAAAACGGCAUUAUCUAUGCUGGAGAAGGAAGCAAAUAAUAGUGAAAAGAGAUCAUUGUUUGAGCAGCAACGAAAGCUUUUUUCUUUAUUUUUCACUGAUCCUUUAUCAUUCGAGAUGUUACAUACUGAUUACAGUUAA